UCUCUUCUGCGCUGGUAGCGGCCACCGGCAGGGAACGCGGCGCGAUGUCUGCUCGCUGUCAGCAGAGUCCGGUGCUGGCAGGCAGUGCCACUUUGACCGCCCUGGGGGCACUGGUCCUGUACCUCGCGAAGCCCUCCGGCUACGGGAAGUACUCGGAGAACCUGACGCCCGCGGCUGUCCGUCUGCCCGCCCGCGCCGCCUGGUUCCUGCAGGAGCUGCCCUCCUUCGCGGUGCCCGCGGGGAUACUCGCCUGGCAGCCCGGCUCCCUCUUGGGUCCGCCUGCUGCUGUGCUUCUGGGCCUCUUCUGCGCACAUUACUUCCACAGGACAUUUGUUUAUUCACUGCUCACUAGAGGGAGGCCGUUUCCAGUUGUAUUCCUUUUCAGAGGCUUUGUCUUCUGCCUGGGAAAUGGAUUCCUCCAAGGCUACUAUCUGGUUUACUGUGCUGAAUACCCUGCUGAGUGGUACACAGACAUACGGUUUAGCCUGGGUGUCUUCUUAUUCCUUUUGGGAAUGGGAAUCAACAUUCACAGUGACUAUAUAUUGCGCCAGCUCAGGAAGCCUGGAGAAAUCAUCUAUAGGAUUCCACAAGGUGGCUUGUUCAAGUUUGUUUCUGGAGCCAAUUUCCUUGGUGAGAUCAUUGAAUGGAUCGGCUAUGCCCUGGCCUCUUGGUCCCUCCCAGCACUUGCAUUUGCAUUUUUCUCACUUUGUUUCCUUGGGCUGCGAGCUUUUCAUCAUCAUAGAUUCUACCUCAAGAUGUUUGAUGACUACCCCAAGUCUCGGAGAGCCCUCAUUCCAUUCAUCUUUUAAAGAAACCAAAGAACAAGGGGACAAAUCUCCCAUGAUCCUGUUGAAAACCAUCAAGCUGCUGAACCUGUAACUUUUAAAGUCC